AACCUUUCAAAAACCUUCCACUUGCAAGAGUCACGUGUUUAUUUAUGUUUUAAAGUUAUUGUUUGAUUUUAAGAUUUGGCAUAAAGACAUAAAAAUGGGAAAUUCUAAGCAAGCACGGAAAUUCGCCAAGCAACGUUUUGCUCAAAUGAAGAAGAUGAUCAGUGAAAAGGAUCCUAGAGUGGUUCAAAAAAGAUUGGAAAAGAAUCCAAAACUUAAACAUCAACUAGAGCAAAAAAAGAAGAAAGAAGAACUUCGAAAUGUGCCACAGUAUUCCUCUGCAUUGUUCUUCCAGUACAACACCCAGCUCGGCCCUCCCUUUCAUGUUAUCAUUGAUACAAACUUCGUUAACUUUUCUAUUAAGUAUAAAAUGGAUAUCAUUCAAAGUAUGAUGGAUUGCCUCUAUGGAAAAUGUAUUCCUUAUAUCACAGACUGUGUUCUUGCUGAAAUGGAGAAACUUGGUCGUAAGUACAGAAUUGCUCUACGCAUUAUGAAAGAUCCAAGGUACGAACGACUGCCUUGUAUGCAUAAAGGAACAUACGCCGAUGAUUGUAUUGCCCAGAGAGUGACCCAGGUUAGAACAGGAACUUUAUUUAUGAAAAGCAAGAUAUAUCCCUCAAUAAUUAUCAAGAGUGUUAACACUUUGCCUGUGGUUAUGGUCCCCUUGUUUAGAUAUUCAUCUCAACUUGGGCCGGGAUUGUUUCGAAUUUUGCCAAUCUUACGAAGUUUCUAAAAUGGUAAGUUUUAAAAAUAUUUCAAUGGGAGUCGGAUAGAUGUAAAGAUAGGUAUAAACGUAAAUAAUCAUUAUAUCUGUUAAUAGGGUGUACAAAAAAAAAAUAUCCGUUUUUCAACCAAAUAUUUGUAUUAUUAUUUCUUUGAUAUAAAAUACAAUGAAUACUCAAAGUAUAGUCCAUUGUUUAGUUAGCCAAUUGUUUGAUCCCACACUGAUACCAUUCUUUGGGAUGGCUGUCAAAGAACUCUUGGAUCGCAAUUUCAAUUUCCAUAAAAUUAUCAAAUUUUUUUCCUUGAAGAAAAUGGGCCAUGGAUCUAAAAAGUAGUAAUCCGAUGGUGUGAGGUCUGGACUAUAUGGUGGAUGAGUCAGGAGUUCGAAUCUAUGAAGUUUAUUAAAAUUUUCUUUGGUUCUACGGGAAGUGUGAGGACGAGCAUUAUCUUGUUGGAAUAAAAUUCCUUUUCGGUUGAUCGAAGCACGAUAACUCUCUGACAACUUCCAGUUAUUCGGAGUUGAGUUCAGAAUUCAUAGAGCAUCCAUCAGGAACCAAUUCGUGAUGAUAACACCUUCAAAAUUCCAAAAAUGGAUUUUUUUUCAAAUUGCUUCAUUGCAGCAACCGGAAAACAAGUUUGACCAUGAUCUAGCCAUUGCUCACGAAUAUUCAGAUUUCGCUAGUAAAUCCACUUUUCAUCACAGGUGACAAUCUUCCGGUCAAAUCUCAUAUCAGAAGGGUUUUUCAAAAAAUUUUCAUAAAUUUCUAACCACUUAGCUGAUUGCUGAGGAGUAAGUUCGUGAAGGACCAGUCUACUACUCUUUUUCACUUUCCCCAUGGAGAGUAGAUAGCGACUAACAGUAUCUUUUGAC